CACUCAUAACAGGGACAGUCGCUAAGGCGGUGGUUCCGCCUGUCAAUCAACAGACAGCCCGCCCCCUUUGAGGGCUUCUCUUUCUCUAGACGGGAAGCGGGGCUGCUAAAAAAAAAAUUAAAAAAAAUAACUCGCUUAGUUUGCAGCUGUGGAAGUUUCUACGCUAUGACAUCAUACACGCACUAUCGGCGACACAGAAAGGGCCAAAAUGUGAGUCCUCAACCAGCAUACACCACUUUGUUAAAGUAGGUGUGCCAGAGUGACAGCUCGUUUGCGCACUGGUAGCACUUCGUUCAUCUUUCUUUGGGACAUAUUGGACGCGUCGGUGAGUCUUGCGGACUAAAAGUGGACAAAAGGGGACUUUUGGAGUGGAUACGGACGCUCCAGCCUGGCAGCAGCGACGCACGGUGACUAAUAAGCGUCACGACCGGGAGGCAGCUUGAAUUAAAUUUGUCUGGAGUGCAGACCUUAUGUAAGAAGUAGGACAAUCAUAUUAAGAGUUUGUUCCGCCAUGUGCACGCAAGUGACGGACGCCAGUGCGUAAAAAGUGGCCCAGCGACUAUUGUAGGAAAAGUUUAGAAAGAAAAGAUGGGCGAGAAUGUGGAUUCGGUGGGCGCCGACGGGAAUAGCGUCAACCUGAGCGUGCUCAACUGGGAACAAGUGCAGCGGCUGGACGCCAUCCUCACCGGCUCUAUCCCCAUCCACGGCCGCUGGAGCUUCCCCACGCUGGAGGUGAAGCCGCGCGACAUCGUCAAGGUGGUCCGCAGCCGCAUGGAGGAGAAGAGGAUCCACGUCCGGGAGGUGCGGCUCAACGGCUCGGCGGCCAGCUACGUCCUGCAUGAGGACAGCGGCCUCGGGUGGAAGGACCUGGACCUCAUCUUCUGCGCCGAACUCAAAGGGGAGACGGAGUUCAGGAUGGUAAAAGAUUUGGUUCUGGACUGCCUGCUGGACUUCUUGCCUGAGGGGGUGAACAAGGAGAAAAUCACACCUAUGACAUUAAAGGAGGCCUAUGUGCAAAAGAUGGUGAAGGUGUGCAACGACUCGGACCGCUGGAGCCUCAUCUCGCUUUCCAACAAUCGAGGCAAAAACGUGGAGCUCAAGUUUGUGGACUCCCUCCGGCGGCAGUUUGAGUUCAGUGUGGACUCGUUUCAAAUUCGCCUGGACUCACUCCUGCUCUUUUACGAGUGCUCAGAGCACCCCAUGGCCGCCACUUUUCAUCCCACCAUCCUCGGGGAGAGCGUCUACGGGGACUUCCCUGCCGCCCUGGACCACCUGCGCAAGCGUCUCAUCUGCACCCGGAGCCCUGAGGAGAUCCGGGGCGGGGGCCUGCUAAAGUAUUGCCACUUGCUGGUGCGGGGUUUCCGCGCGGCCUCCGACAAGGAGAUGAAAGUGCUUCAGCGGUACAUGUGCUCGCGCUUUUUCAUAGAUUUUCCUGACGUGGGAGAGCAGAAGCGGAAGCUGGAGUCCUAUCUGCAGAACCACUUUGUGGACCUGGAGGACAGGAAGUAUGACUAUCUGGCCGUGUUGUACGACGUGGUGCAGGAGAGCACUGUGUGCCUGAUGGGCCACGAGAGGCGCCAGACGUUGGGCCUCAUCUCUUCGCUGGCGCUGCGUGUGCUGGCCGAGCAGAACGCCAUCCCCAUUGCCGCUAAUGUCACCUGCUUCUACCAACCCGCCCCAUACGUCUCCAACUGUAACUUCAGCAACUACUAUGUAGCUCAGGUCCAGCCUUUCUUCUCCUGCCCGCCCUCGCCACCCCGGCAGUACAUUCCUCCCUCCCAGCAUCCAAUGUAUGCCACCUGGCUGCCUUGUAGCUAAACCUCCACUACUACUAUCUGUGCACACAGUGCACUCUUGAAGAGGGCCAAUCUUACCGGUCCACCAAAUGAGGGAAGAGAGAGAGUCCAAUUUAGGCCAACCAUGACAGGAAGUGUGAAUGAGGACACGAGGACCAAGGAGGAGCUAACAAGCUGGGGUCUUGACUGACCCAUCAGUUUGUAGGCUUUACUCACCCAUCAGCCUGGACUAUUGUUUUGGUGAUAUCUCGUGGAAUGUGGACAUUUUAUCACAAAUACAAUCCAUAUCCUUUUUGAGGCCAACUAAAAGGACUUCAGGACUGAUGGUGUUGAUGUCGAGUCACUUUCUGUGCGUCACUAAGUGACUUCUUUAAAAAUGCAAAAAUGAGGAAGUGACAACUGUUCAUAUAUCCACAAAGGUCUGCAAGAGAAACAACAAAACAAUGCAUGCUUUUUAUGUCUUCAAGUGCCUGGAAACUUUUUGAAAAGAAAAGGGAAAACUAUAUUUUUGUGAUUUUGUAGAAGUCUGUUCUGUUUUCAAGCUGGUAAUGAAUGUAUUGUUUACCUGUGCUGGCUUUCUACACUGAGCGACCAAGUGAUUUUCUUUUCUUGUUGUGGUCGUUGCUGCAAUAUUUAGGUUAAAGUAUUUGCUCUCAAACACGCCGAUUACCAAAGAGGAAGUAUCAACAUAGAAUUAGAAAAAGAAGAGAGGCGUAUAAAAUGCUUAUACCAAUUAAAUAGAAGGGACAUUUUCAGUUUGCCAGUUUCAUUUCUUAUACGAUGCAGAAUAAAGUGAAGUGAGUCAUAACCCAAUAAAAUAUUUUCGCACACUUGAAGGGGUGAAAAUGGAAUGAUUAGAAAUACAGUGCACAGCAUUUGACAUAUGCAAACGUAAAAUGUGAGUAGAUGAUUUCUAGUGAACUAAACUUAACUUUGCACAUCAUUACGGUGUGUAGCAUUUUGCACUGUCAUUGCACUUUUGCGACACUGAGAUUAGUACAUCUAUACAAACAAGCAGACUCAGUUAAGUCCACAAGUAUUUGAACAGAGAAGUAGGCUGCCUUUACACAACAACACAACUAUGGAAUUUAAAUAGAACAAAUGUCAUUAUCAAUAAACAACAGUAAGCUGUUCUAUUAGCAGUUGACUUGAGUAUUAUCCUUAUUGUUGUUUACAAUUAUUGUCCACAAGGUACUCUGUAAAAAAAAAAAAGGCAGUAAUUCCUGAAUGGUACAUGUUUGUACAAGCUCUUAAAUUAAAGCUGAAAGUCACACCUUGACUGUUUUUUUUUUUUUAUUAUUUCCAUUGUAAGACCUUGGUUUUCAUUGGUAGUCCAGUUUAGUUAGCCCAAACAGACUAGUUUGUUACCCACAAUGUUUGGCCUUACGAUAACGGAGACAGUUUACGAAAAGUGGCAACAUUUUGGCAACAAUUUUU